CAUGCUGUGCUAAUCUGCUGUGUUUCUCUGCAGACGUCACAGCGAUCAUCUUUGUGGUAGCGAGCAGCAGCUAUAACAUGGUCAUAAGGGAAGACAACAACACAAACAGGCUACGGGAAGCACUUGCUCUUUUUCGCAGUAUCUGGAACAACAGAUGGUUACGGACAAUUUCUGUCAUAUUGUUUCUGAACAAGCAGGACAUGCUGGCGGAGAAAGUAUUAGCUGGGAAAUCCAAAAUUGAAGAUUAUUUCCCUGAUUUUGCGUAUUACACCUUACCAGAUAAAGUAAAGAAAAGGAAAUGUGUAUGGAAGAGAAAAAAGCGAAAUGGAGAAGAUGUGUCCAACAUAACUCCAGAUCCUGGUGAAGACCCCAGAGUGACAAGAGCCAAGUUUUUCAUUCGUGACGAGUUUCUGAAAAUAAGUACAGAAAGCGGAGACGGCCGUCACUACUGUUACCCCCAUUUCACAUGUGCAGUGGACACAGAAAACAUCCGGCGGGUGUUCAACGACUGCAGAGACAUCAUCCAGAGAAUGCACCUGCGGCAGUAUGAACUCUUGUGAUCUCACUCACUCACCCACCCAUCAGGCCAAAACCGCAGACCAACCAAUACUACUGACGUUUGGCACACCACCCUUCACUUUUAACUUCUUUGAUUUUAACUCAUUCUUCAGUUGGAGGGGACGGAGGAUGGAGAGAGCCGCUGUUUUGUGUUCUGUUGUCCAUGCUUUUAUUUGGAUUGCCUUUGUUUUUGCCAUUCCACCAAGCCUUCGGCUACCUCCUUACUUUUUAAUUUGAUGAUCACAUCACUUUUUGACCUCCAGGAGUCCUAGCCUCGCACCCCGAACCUUCAUCUUCUGACCAACAGGGCUCUCUGCUGCUCCUUCUGUUCCCGAACACUGAAGAUCGCCCGCGGACAGAGCUGGAGACGGGGUGGUCGAGCGGGGGGAUUGUCCAACACUGGGAAAACGAAGUAAAGUAAUGCACUUUUUUUCCAUCAGGUUUUGACGUUGUUUUUUUUUUUCGUUAUGAAGAUGGACACACAAUGUAGCAUCACAUCAUGAAUUUCUGUCCCACUUCAAGCCUGACACAGGUAAAGAGGAUCCGCGCCCUUUUUUGUGAGGAGGCGGGGUUUUAGAAUGAGGAGGGGCUUUGGGAACAUUGCCGAAGCCUCGGAUUGGUCAUGGUUGCGCAAAAGAAACGCCCCCAUUUCUUAUUUUACUUUCUAAACUUGUACAGACUGUGCAAGGGUGUUUUUUCUGUACAGAUUCUAAAAUGUUCUAUUAUUUUGUACAACUUUAUCGAAAGAGAGUAAAAAAUCUACUUGUAGAUCUUUGUGCCUUGAUUAUGGCUGUACCUGUAAAUGAAGCUGAUACAUAUGUUUUUGACUGCGCUGUACAGCUUGAUGUCACCCCUGUCGGCAGAAGAGACUGUGGAUGGGGACCUGCUCUGUAGUUUAGUUUCUCCCUCAUUUUUAUUUUAUUUUUCGGGUUGUUUUUGUUGCUUUGUUUCUAUUAAGAAAAGUUCUUUAUUCCAAAAUAAAUAUAGGAAAGAAAACUCUUAACCUGUAUACAUUAUGCAAAAAUUGAGCCCCUUACCUGCGGUUAUGAUUGGACGAAACAGCACCAUGCCUUUCUCCUCGUUUGUUUGUUUUGUUUUCUGUUUCGUUUAUGAAUUUUCUCAGCUUUAAAAACAGAAAACAAAAUUCAAAGUGUCCAAAAUCGCAACCUGGUGUUGUUUUCAAAGGAACCAUUUUUUUGGGAUAUGAAGUAUGUCUGAGAUAUAUAGAUAUAUAUAUACAUACAUUUUGUGUCUGUGAGUGCGUGCAGGAGACAAACAUUGAGCCACAGACGCAUGACAUUUGUAUGUGUUUGUGUGUGUGUGUGUGAGAGCGAGGGGGUGUGUGUGUGUGUGUGUGUAUGCAAGGGUGCAUUGUGUGCACUCUUUUAUAAAUGUACGUACAUGUAAAUUUAUAAGUCUAUAUAAAUAUAUAUGUACAAUUCUACAUGUUUAAUUAUGUGUGUGUUGGUGUAUGCAUACUCUGUAUGUAUACAGUGAAGAUGUGUACUUACACACAUAGAUAAGCAUGUCUAGAGUGAAAUGAAUAAAUGAGAGUGCAAUAUUGAAA